AAAAAGAAGAAGAAAGAAUAGGAAAAAAGCCUGAGAGAACGGUCCUGAGAGAGAGAGAGCGAGAGAGAGGCAGAGAGAGAGAGAGAGAGAGAGAGAGAGAGACCCUGGUAAGGAUGAGACCGAGAUCCCUUUCUCAGUGUGCCCGCAGGCUUGGUGGGGGCCGGUCGUGCUGUGGAAAGCAAAGUGAGUGAUUGGAUUAACAGUGAAAGACAGGUGAAGUCUCUGAAAGCGAAAUAUUAAAAGAAGUACACGCCAGCUCUUGUAAAGAAAGAGAGAAAAAGAAGAAAAACGAAGAACUUUCGCACAGUGUUUUUUUGGCUGGGAAUGAGAACCUGCGCCCCAAAGGAUACUCAGCGCCGUAUAAGGACUAAUGAGAGUGUGAUGGGCGGCGCCGUGUGAGCAAGCACAGGACCCGCCCAACAGCAUGCCAGGUCCGCCCCCCCUCCUCAGCGUAAGCACCGGUGGCGUCGUGGUCCCGAGCCCCUUCAUGCAGCCCCCGCCGCCAGACAGCUCGUUCAUGCAGCCGCCUGCUCCCGACGGCGCCUUCAUGCAGCCGCCUCUCGCCACCAGCCACGCGGCCCACGAGGCGCUCCUCCACCAAGGCUUCCCCUCCGAGGCUGACACUCUGGCCUACGUGGACGCCCUCAAGCACUCCGACCUCAGCGACUGGCGCUCUCUGGAGGAGGUAGCAAGACGGGCAGGUGCGGGGUCUUGCUCGGGCGCGGUGACCACGUCGGUGCUGACGGCGCUCUACCUGCUGGGACUCUUCAACCUGUGUGCCGCGUCCCCCGCCUCCUGCUGCGUGCCGCCCCCCUCCGGGCGAAGGCGACGGCGGAGAAACGUGGACGCCACCCUGCCGCCUCUCCUGAACAACCUCCAACACAACCUCUCCAGCCUUUCCCUUGAGCAGUUCCGAGCGUUGCCACACGUGACCACGCCGGACGGGGGUCGCGUGCCCCUCCACAUCUCGGUCGUCGAUAAGGUCCGGCAACUCUGGGACUCGAACCCGCGCCUCCUUUCGUCAGUGUCGUGCGCCUCUGCCACUCAGUCUGUCAGGUCGUCGUUCAUUUCCCUGAGCGGCGUCGCAUCUGGCAUCAUCUUGGCAUAUAGCGUGGCGCAGCUGAGGACGUGCUACCCCGACCACAGUACCGGCAUCCAUUCGCCGCCCAAGGUGUGGUUCUUCCCGGUACCUACCCAGUACCAUCGGAACCCGAUCCACAUCCGGGUCAUCCCGCCCGAGAUCCCGGUCAAAGGAGAUGAUGACCCAAGCGACAACUGCAAGCGAACGGAAGUGACCUUAGGCCAUGACUACUGCGUGCCUCUCCUCUCGACAGACGUCUGCCCUCACAAACACUGGGUCCUUUUCAACGAGGAGAUGAACACGGGGGAGUGCGUGCCUCGACUGUGCUCCAAACACUACGUGUAUGUGCAGGAGGACCAGCUCUGCCACAACCUGAACGAGCCUAACUUGUGCCCGGGCAACAGGCGCCUCUACGUCACCGCCUCGGGCAUGGCCGUCUGCGACUGCCCCGAAGGGACGUUCCCUGGCCCGGACGACCAGUGCUACUACCUCUACGAGCAAGCCUUCUGCUACCCCGGCAACGUGAUGCAGUUCGACAACGAGACCAAGACGCUGACGUGCCGCCCCGACCCGUGCCGCGACGCCAACAAGUACCUGUGGCCCGACGACCUGCCCUACGCGCCGCGCGGGGACGGCUACUGCUACCAGUUCAACACGCGAGGGCCGUGCAAGUUCGGGGAGAGAUUUGGCUUCGACACGGACAGGCUGGAGGCGACCUGCGUGUCCCUGGAGGAGGCGGGGUUGGUGCAGCCUUCGAGGGGCUACAUGUACCAGCAGAUGACCUUCCCCACAGUCAAUGGAAACUUUUCUGCACAUUACCAGGUGUCCUACGUCAUCAAGAACUCUCCCAAAGGCGCCACAUGGGACCUGGAGGUGAAGAACAUCGCAAGAGACAAGAGGGACGCUGACGAAGAGCCUCUCGGAGUUAGUGACUCCGAGUUGGUCGUGCCCUUCCUGGACACGCGCGAAUUCCCGAAUUCUUUCGAGCCCUUGAUGAAGGCUCGACCUCCGACCUGGGUAACCCGUCGGCAGCGAAGACGAAGAACUGGGCGGGUCCGCAGGAACAGAUCCAGCAAUGCCACGGGCAGCUACUUCAUCGACGCCAACCCGAGGCACAGUAGCUCCGUGCCCGGCGCCAGGGGGAGCAGCCCUCUCACGGCCCACGGCGGAACCAGUCCCGUCGCCAGCUCUAACGUGACCGUAUUCCACGUCCGUCAUGGCCCCAGCUCCCCGAUCGCCAUCGCCAACGUCAGCAUCAUCACCAACGGCAGCAGCUUCCCCACCGCGUCCUCUGGUGGCGCCGGAAGUUCAAAUAGUCACCGCAGACGUUAUGGCUCUAGCACUGUCGCUAACGGUGGGGUAGGUUAUAGCAACGGCAACCUUCGAAGUACAAAGAUUGCCACGGGUGCGAGAGCCGUCCACAGGGGUCACGCCGCUAUCCCCGGUGGUCGCCAGGGCAGCAGAAGACCCGGCGCGCCCAGGAGAUCGCCGAGUAAUAUCCGCAGUAGCACGAACAGGAACCAGGGCCACCAGAGGAACCGCAACCUACUGGCGAGGCUGAGGGCGGACCCGGCUCAGCAGGCUGGCCAGACUGACGUCCAGCAGAACGCCACGAUAGAGACGCUGCUGCAGGAAAAGCCGUCGCCCUCGGGACCAACCAAGGCUGAGAUGGUAAGGAGGAAGGAGGAGGAGAGCGAGAGGGAAAUCGGGGCAGAAGCAGAAAAGAAGGAAAGGGGAGGAGGAAGGAGAGACACAGGACGCAGAUGCAGGGGAGAAGAUCGAAAAAGUCAAGCAGAGGCGAAGCGACAGGGAUCGGCUCGACGCAGGAACCAAGAGGAGCAGGGCAUUGUGAAGGUUGACCAGACGGGCGGUUCGGCCCCCAUUCCUGUGUCGCAGGAAGGCCUCAACAGCACGGCGAAGGCGCCCCGGGGCCGCGGCAAGAAGUUCCGCCGCCGCAACCGGAAGAACCGCGGCAAGAAGAAGAGGAAGCGUGGCCGUGGGCAGGGACGCAAGGGGCGCAGAAAGAACAAGGUAGACGCACCCAAGAAUUCGACGAAAACUGAGAAGAAGAAGAAGAAGCGGAAGAAUCCCAACCUGCCCUACCGAGUGCCCACCUCCCCGCCGCCCACCGCGCCCGAUACCCCCACCAACGUCAGCUUGGGCGGCGACGACGCCCUCAAGAACAGGACGCGCGUGGACCUGAGACCCAGCAUCACCGGUGACGUGGAGGACAGCGAUGCGGACAGUAACGUGGAGGUGACCGACGAGACGUCCUCCUCGUCAGGUGACCCGGUGACGGGGGCGGAGGAAGAGGGGGAUGGGGAUGAGGAAGAGGGAGAGGACGAGGAGGAGGAAGAGCAGCAGUCAUCGUCGUCAGAAAUGUCUCUCCCGAAGUACAUGCGGCACCGCGGGCGCCGGCAGUCAGCGGGAGGCAUCAUCAACGCCCCGGAGCUGAUCCAGUGCAAGCCCGGCGCCGAGAAGGACUACAACCGCAAGUGCCGUCCGCGCUUCAUCCCGCAGGAGAAGAGCCGUCGCGCCGCCGGCAGCCGCCCCAGCAGCACCCAGCCCUCUAUCAAGUGCCCCGAGAACACGUCCCUGAACCCCCUCGGCCAGUGCCAGAUAACGAACAGCGCCCUCGGCUGAGCGUCCUCAUUAAGUCAUCACUUCCACGUUUGUCAUCCUCUUCACC